AUGGCGACAGCGGAUCUACAUCCGCUUGAGCGGUGGAACCCUGGAAGCCCUCUACACGAGUUCAACGCCAGUCUCCUCGAAGAUACUAAUCAGAUAUACUUUGCUGGCCCUUUUUUGCCUCCUAUUAAUUUGUUCUUCGUGCACAUCAGUGGAGAAGAUAAAAGAGGGUACAAAUUUCAACGGAUUGCGCCGACUGCCAUUGGAACCGUAACUGCCAGUAGACUACGUGUGUACAUGAAUACAACCAUCUCUGUCGUGGAAGCAACGGUGACUGAGAUUUUUUGA